UCCCCGCUUUACUUCCAUCUUGAGGAUGGUCUGACGCAACGCACACACGCCCUGGCUGCCUGUGGCGUAGUUUCAUGGUAGUAGUGUGUGAUAACAAUGUAAUUAUUAAAAUAGUUACUUUGAUAUUUCAUGAAUUGUUACGUUUCACAAAACUACAGUGCAUCCGCCAUAUAUUUUCAGUGUAAAUGUGUAGCAGAUGUAGCUACAAAUAUGAAUAAAUAUUUUGUAGCCAGAACUUUCUUUGUAGAAGAAAUAAGAACCGCUUAUUUAUUCAGUAAUACAUUGAGAAAGUUAUAGACGGCAGACAGUCAGUUACAAGUACAUAACUAUAUUACGUCACACCAUGUAGCUUUGUUGGAUAAUAGGAACGUAAAUUAAAUGGUUUAAUUUUCUGACGGAGGAACUAAAUUGACGGACGGUAUCCAUGGUAACGAGUUCGAUUGGGGAAAGCGCGAUUAAACGUUUGUGGCGCUCAACAACAUCCGAGCGGCGAUGUGUCAUUUAAAUGAAAUCCGAUAGGUUUAACAUUUUAGGGUUUUGCAAAAAAGGUUUUACAUUUUUCAUGAAGCGGCCGUGACGUCGUUUUGCGAGUGUUGUACUUUCUCCUCGCGGUGAACACCGACGAGCGACGAUGUGUUCAUUCAAGUUAUCCUUGUUGAAACAAAGUGAUGAUGGCGCUCAUCGAGAAUGAAUGGGCAACGUGUCAGUGACCCAUCAAUAGUGUGGAGGCCACCCGCUUUCACAUGACUAAGCCGCUUUGACAUGACUAUUACUACAAACGUAUAGAGUCCUCGGUGCACCUCGGUCUCACUGAACAUGAAGGCGGUGGACGGCGGAGAGCCAGAGCACCUGGAGGCUCAGCUGGCCACCAAGGAGCGAGAGUGGAAGGAGCUCCAGACACUCAGGGCUCGGCAGCUGGAAAGUUCACUCAAAGAUGCGCAGGAGCAGCUGUCCUCCUUAAGGCAGCGCUUCAAGCAGCUCAGAGAAGAUUUCCAAUACAACCUAUCUGUGCUGGAGGACAGAGACAGAGAGCUGGAGAGAUACGAUGCCGAGGCUGCCAAGGCACAGACUGUGGAGAGUGCCAGGCUGGAGGAGUUGAGCCAGCUGCGUAUCCAGGUAGCCAAGCUGUCGGAUCAGAAGGCCAGGGAGACCCAGGAGAGGGGCCAGGAGCUGAGACGCAGCCAGCUGAAGGCCACCGAACACAGGGUGCAGCUGGAGAAGCUGCAGGGCUCCAUGGCUGCUGACCUUCAGAAGCAGAGGGAAGACUACGAGGGGAUGAAACGCCAUUUAGAACGACGCAUCAAAGAAGUGGAGGGAGAGCUGGCCCUGCAGAGACAGGAGAUGACGGCAGACUUUGACAACGUCCUCCGUCUGAGAGAGCAUGAGUUCAACCUGCGAAUGGAUGAAAUGCGCACUGUCUUACUUUCUCACGAAAUCAAGGUGAAGCUGCUCUCCAAAGAGACGGAGUACCAGGCCCAGGCCCAGCAGGAGGCCUCUGACGCACUGCAGGCCUCUGAGGGGCUCUGUGGACAGACCCGGGAUCAGCUCCGACGCACACACCUGGAGCACGCCGAGACCACCGCUCUCGGGGACAACCGGAUUAAGGAACUGGAGAAACGGCUAACAAGGAUGGAGGCCAAACUAGGCAAAGAAAAGGAGGAGCAUGUUAAAAAGCACCGGGCUCUGGAGCGGGCCCUUCGGGAGCGGGACGGGGCCCUGGCGGCCCAGCAGGAGGCCCUCCGCGUCCAGACGGAGGCAGCGGAGACAGCCGCUGGACAGGCCCGCGCCCAGCUUCAGGACCAGCAGCGGACGCUGGCCGAGCGCGACCAGGCCAUCCAGAGGCUUCACGGAGAGCUGGAGACGGCCCGCUGCAACUGGGACAAAUACAUCAAGCAGGCCUCAAAAGAGACGGUUGCCAGGGAUACGGCGCUGCUGACUGCGCAGGAGACGGAGGCCAGACUGAAGAGCGAGCUGGACAGGAGACGCCAGGAAACAGAGAAAUUCCAGCAGCAGCUGAGCGCAGGGCUGCAGCGAGAGGAGGCCCUGGAGCAGCGGCGUAUCCAGGUGGAGCUGGACUGGCAGCGGCGCUGUGAGGAGACCAAGACCCAGCAUUACCUGACCAGCCAGGGCCUCAUCCAGGGCCUCACACAGGCCAGGGACCAGGCGCAAGCGGAGCUCAAGGAGCGAGGCAGGGAGCUGGAGGAGGCCUCUUUCCUGCUGCAGGCAUUACAGAUAAAAAAAGUAUCAAACACAUUAGCAAGCUUUCUGACUUCACGCCACUUCCAUGGGAGUGUAGUAAGAGACGGUCCCACAUCCAGAGGGGACUCUACAGUGGCCCCCCUUCACCCGCGCGGUGCUGUCUGUCCCUGGCAGGGUGCCCCCGGUCCAGUAGGGUCGGAGCUGGUCUCCCGCCUGCAGGAGCAGAACAGCAGCCUGAGGGCCGUGGUGGCCCAGAUGAGGAUGGACAUGGAGGGCCUCGGUGGGGCCCCUCUUCCUCGGCCAGCCACCACCGCGAGGACCCAGGCAGAGCCCGGAGCGUCGUCCGAGCACACGGCGCCCCCUACUGGAGGAACGGACGCGACCAGGCCAGAAGGCACGCCAGAGUACACGUGUGCGCUCGAGCAGGAAGUGGCUGAACUGAAGAGGCGCUGCAGGCAGCUGGAAGAGCAGCUAUCGGGCGCCACCACCACACCAGAGACGCCAACGCUGCGGCGGGCCCCUGUGGCCCCUGUGGCCCCCGAGAACACGUACAUGCAGAACCACAUUCGCUCGCUCAAUGAAACCAUCGGUGUUCUGCGUUUGGAGAAGGUAGCGAGCGGAGCGGCGCAGAAGAAGCAGGAGGUGAGGAUAGCCCACCUGGAGUCGGCCAUCGCCGGCCUCACGCAGCAGGGCUAUGCUGAGCAGGCAGAGGGGGGAGGGCUACGUCUGGAACUGGCCAAUCAGAAGUCUAAAUGGGCCUCGACAGAGUCCGGUCUCAGGCAGCGUCUGGCUGCAGUAGAGAUGGAGCUGGAGGGGGAGAGAAAAGAGAAGGAGGAGUACCAGAAAGGAAACAUUCUUCACAACCUGGACACCGUCGCUCUGAGGAACCAGGUGUCGGCUCUAAAGUUGGACAUUGCUAGUAGGAGGGACCCCAUAGUGUGCGAACAGAGUGAGAUGGUGGGACAGCUCCGGGAGGAGAACCUGGCCCUGCGACGGCAGCCCGCCUCCCCGGGGGGUCUGGGGCCUGGGGCGGGGUGCGUCUGCGGCGGCGGCGGCGACGGCCCCCUGCAGGCCAAGCUGAGGCAGGCGGUGCGUUACAUCGCCAGGCUGAGCCGGGACAAGCAGCAGCUCAUCGCCAUGGGUAACGGGCUCCGUGCCCAGCUCCAAACAUCUGGACCAGAGGAGACCUGUAACUUACCGUUUGGGACUCCCAACACAGAGGUCCCGGGCUCUGCCAGAGCACCAGAGACCCCAGCUGGGGAGAGAGACAGGGGGCAGCCGGACCACCACCUGUCCACCCUGGAGAAGCUACAGUACCAGCUCACCACACAGGAGCUACAGUACGCUCAGAGGGCGCAGGGGGUGCCCAUCGUCACGGUGAGAACGCUCCUGUCUGAAAGCGACAGUGGGAGUCAAAAAGGUGCUGCCAACCCCUGGGUUCAGGGACGCAAGGAAACAGCCAGGAGAGAGAUGUCGAGUAGUAUGGACAGGCCUCCGGAUCACCGAGACACCGGACCCCAGCCGCGCUCCAGCUCCUCAGGCCCCCUGAUGUCGUCGGUAGCGACGGAGGGAUCUCUGAGUGAGAUGUGGCAGAUGCUGGACCGGGACCUCAGCCCCUCGCUGCUCACUGAAGGUGAAGCAGAGCUGGACAGGCCAGCCUUCCCAGUUCCUGCUGGGCCUGUUGGCUCAGAUUCCCAGUUGAGGCUGCAGGGCAUCAAGGUGACGAGCAAGAGCGUGGCCCCAUUUCCCGACAGGAGCAGGCCCGGGAAAACCACUUCCCAUCAAGCCAAGACCAGCAAGACGGCUGGAGCCACCACCACCAACAGGGCCAGUAGAAUAAGGAACUACAACGUCAAAGACUGAAGCUUGGGCUUGGUUGUGUGUGUUGGUGUUAAUCAGCUGGUUAACAUGGGUUGACCGUGACCAAAUGGACAUUACAUGUUAGGCAGCUGACACAGCUUUGGACCUGUGGAAGAAUCUGGCUCGCUGGUCAUCUUUAGUCCAGGAGAGGAAAAAGAAUGCCAGCAAUCAUGCCGCACGGUAAUCCUGCCUUUUAAUAUGUUUCAGGACAAAGUAAUGAAUGUUUCUUUCUGUAGCUCUGUACGUGUACCAUUUGUAUUAAUUUGAAACGGUAGAAUCAAAAUGUUUGAUUGGCGGAAUCAGAAGAGGCUACAAGUACCUUCACUAAAGAAUAAAUACUUAAUUACACAUG